GUGGUACAUGUCUUUCCCCCUUGUUUCUUAGGCAAUUUCUAGGCGCCUUAAAUUUCCAUCACGUGCUCGGUCCGGGGACUGUCUGCGGAAACUUUGCGGGUCACAGCUCGCGAUGUCGGACGCAUCAAGUUCGGGGUCUCCGAGUGCCAGCUCUCGCUCCCCUUCCCCCUCUACAUCACCCGACCUUUUCCAAUCUGUUCCAUCAAGCACUGGGCCCAGCAAGCCACUGGUGACUGAGGAAGAUAAAGCAGCAGCAGCCACUAUUAAAGCUGACGCAAAUCAUGCAUUUCAAAAUCAUAAUUUUCUUCUUGCCGUCAAGCUCUACACAUCUGCCGCAGAACGAAAUCCUUCGGACGGUACGCUGUUCUGCAACCCCUAAUAGGUGCGUAUGCGCGGAUGAAACUCGAGGAGCACGGCUUCGCGAUCGAAGAUGCAAGUAAGUUCCCCGAUUGGAUCAAUUAGGCUCGAACAUCUUACUGGCACAAU